AUGGACCCAUUUUCAGCUACCGCGAGCGUGCUCGCAAUCCUGGGCGCUGUCGGGAAGAUUGCCAAAGGACUGCGAAAAGUGUUGGGCCUCAGACAUGCGCCUUCAGUGCUACUUGCCUUGAACAAUGAAAUAUCGGACCUUCAGUUGGUAGUAAGCGACGUGCACGAUAUCUUGAGGACGGUAGAGGAGCAUCAAAUAGCACCGUUGAAGAGCACCGUCAAUGCGCUCGAGCGCGUCAAGUCUACCCUGCUAGGUCUUGAAAAGUUUGUAGUCUAUGGCCUGACUACUGUGUCUAAGGAUGAUUCCUUUCAGAAAGUCGACAAAAUCGCCUGGGCUCAACUAGAGCAUCGAUUCUCGACAUACAAAGAUAAUCUUCGUGAGAAUAAAGCUGCCUUGGCUGCUUCGAUAAGCCUUCUGGUCUUGUGUGUAGAAAAUGCACCCUAUCAAUUCCAACGCUCUAACGAUCCACAGUCGCCUCACACGGACUGGCAACAUCAUCGAAAUAGGCCCUGCCCUGAAUCAUCAGAUAGUGAGGACCCCAUAAAGCCAUUUAUUCCACCGAACCCUUGUCUCGAAAUCAUACUGCCGCCAUCAAGCUCACUCAGUACUCCCGCUUAUAUAGUUGCUAUUGUGACUGCCACAGUCUGA